AGACACUGACAUUUAAUAACCUCAGCUAAAUGCUGUGUAUGAGAGCGGUUUAUUUACACUGAAUACAAUUUUUGACAGAUUUUUCUUGUUCGCCCUGUAUUUAGCGGCGAUUUGGGAAGGCGUGUACGCACCAUGCGCAUGUCGGCUGGCUCUGCCAACAUGGCAGACGAUGCUGAUCGAAAACAUAAAGUUGCAGCCGGUUUAAAGAAGCUGAAGCAGUUUCAGCAGCGUUCUGUGAAAAAAACUGCGAAACGGAGAUCUUCCGACACGCUGUCACCUCAGAGUGUACAGCUCAGUGCACCGUUUCUGCAUUCAGGACGACCAAGCAAGUGCUGAGCAACUUCAUGAGCAGAGUUUUCCAAUGUCCCAGUCCUCAAAGCCCAAGGAAACUCUCUCAGUGACAUCACAGUCUUGUCAGGACCUCUCGCAGUUGAGAGAUGAUGUUCAGCCAAGCCAGAGGGUGCUGUCGUCUACUGAAAGCCUUCGUCAAAUCACUCUGCAGUUGAAUGGCCUUAUGGCAGAUACCAAUGCUGCACUGAAUGGUGAGAUGGCAACACUUGCAGACUCACCUUCAUCUGGAGCACUGCGGGGUGACGAACUUCUGCGAAGGAACCAAGAAUUAGCUACAACACUCGAAGCUUUGCAGCAGGACAGGGAUCAGCUUGAAUUUCAGCUGCAGGAGUUAAAAGCAAAACUGGCACGGCAGCAGCGUGACUUCGACCGUGAACGGGAGGAAAUGGAUGAGCAGAGUCGGCGUGAGCAGGGUGCCCUGAAUGAUCAGCUUCAGGUGCAUAUACAGACUAUUGGCAUACUGGUGGCUGAGAAGACCGAACUUCAGUCAGCGCUUUCUCAGAGCCAGCAGACAGCCAAGCAGAAAGCAGUGGAAACAGAGGAGCUACAAGGUAGGCUGAAGGCCUUACGGGAAAGAAACAGCGACCUGGAGCGCAAGCUUAGUACAGCCAGCAGCCAGAGUCAGGUUCAAGAAAAAAGCACCAAGGACUCUCAGAGAGAAGUGGAUCGUCUUAAGACAGAAAAUCACAGGCUCAGCAAGUCCAUAGAAGAACUAAGGCAGGAGCUGGCUGAACUGUCCGAGAAACUCAACAGAAAGUCAAAAGAGGCUGAAGAAGCACAGCAAGAGCUGGCCAGGGUCCGCCAGGACCUGUCGAUGGCUCAGCUGUAUGCCCAGCAGCUUGGGGGAGGCCAAGCAUCUGAGGAGGCAUUGACUCGCAUGGAGCAGCUGCACCAGGAGAAGCUACAUUUUGAGCGCCGUGCUGCUGAGUACAAAGAUGCUAUCGAGCAGAUUACAGCUGAAAAGCAGCAAAUGGCGUCCCAUUACCAGGCUUAUGUGGAUAACGUUUCACAGCAACUUGAAGUGCACAAAACUAAGUUGGCACAAAUAUCUGAAGAAAAGGAAAAUCUUGAAAAGAAGCUGCAGGAAUUGUUAAGUCAACACACACAACCCACUUCUCAAGUUUCUGAAGAUCCUGAGGUUAAACUGAAGCUCCAGCAGUAUGAGCAAGAGGUGGAAACACUUAGGGCAGCUUGUGAAGCCCAGGCUAGUGACAACAAGCAGCUCAGUGAGCUAUUGGCAGAGCGUGAGGCUCAUGCUGAGGAGCUUGCAGCAGCCUUGGAGCGACUACGGGAGGACCAUGUAGAAAGCAGCCGGCUCCUAGAGACCAUUCAAAGUGAAAAGGUGGCUGCCAGCCGGGCUCUGUCCCAGAACCGAGAGCUAAAGCGACAGCUAGAAGAGAUGCAGGACGUCUUUGUCAAGUUGAGCAAUGAUAAGCUGGAGCUGACUGAACAGCUUCAGAAGGAACAGCAUGUUACCAAAGAACUUGGAGAGCGUUUAGGGCAGCAAGAGGAGGAGCUGCGUGAGCUAAGGGACCAGCUCACUACCAAGGAGGGUCAAGUGCAGGGCCUUGAGCAACUGUCAAGUCGGGAACACUAUCAGCAAAGUCAGCUGGCUGACCGUGUGCGCCACUACCAGGCCCAGUGCCAACUCACUGAGAUACUGCAACAAGAGCUUGCCCAGGCACAGGCGAGAACAAAUGCCUUGGUGACCCAGAAUUCAGACCUCCGAAAGGCAUUAGCUGAAAGGGCACAAAUGGCUGUUGAUGUACAGGAGAAAGAUUCUGGCAAAGUCCACGACUUGGUGGCAUCAUUAUCAGCUUCUGUACAACAGCUGGAACUUGAACGAGACCAGUUAGUUCACCAGUUGGACGAACAGCGGACACAGAGAGAGGCAGUUCAACAUCAGCUGUUGGAGUUCAAAAAGAGUGAAGAGGAGUUCCUGUCACAUGAGCAAGAGGAGAUGACACGUGAAGGCUAUGCCAAAAUGAAACGAGCCAUGCAGCAGCUUGAGGACCGCUUCAAGGCUACUAUGGAACAGAUAGCUGACCUGUCGGAUCAGAAGCAGCAGCUGGAGCACUUGGUCACUCAGCUGCAAGGGGAGACAGAUACCAUAGCUGACUACAUUGCUUUGUACCAGGUACAAAGAGGUAUUAUGCGGAAGCGUGCUGCAGAGAAGGAUGACUACAUUUCACAGCUUGCUAAGGAUCGGGAAGAUCUCAAGGCCAAGUUGGCUGAAUUACAGUGCCUCAUUGUGCGCUUGUUGGAAGAGCGCCAACAGCAAUCGGGUGAGCCCCUUCUGCCUCUUCCAGGGAAAGCCCUCACAGUGUCGUCGUUUGCUGAUGCUCUUCAAAAUGGACCAAACGCUGGAGAUACUGGGAGCAAAUCUUAUAAUGGCUCCUCAGAUGAGAAGCAGGAAGAUGUCACCGCACAAAAAAUUAUGCAUCUGUUAACCGAGAUUGAAAGCUCAAGUGCUGUUGAUGGCUCACCUGUUCCGGACACGUUCCAUCCAUGCCCUGUGUGCUCAGGACGUUUGCUGACUGUCUAGGAGCAAACUGAGGCAGUGUCAUCUCUGUUGGAUGUGGUGGAAGAAACCCAGCUUUAUGUUAAACACAUAAACGCACAGAAGUGUUUUGGUGUUACCGUCCCAGUCACGGAGGAACAUUCCAUCAGUGGCUAUUGUUGGUUCAUAAAGUGUAGCACAGGGCUCCAAGGAGCUGGAAGAUAGACAGCCACAGUGCCUUGAAUGUUUUAAUAUGUUGUAUAGUGUAUGUUUCCUCAAGCCCUUCAAAAUGAUACAUAUUUACCUCUUUUUUUUUCUUCAUUGCUUAACUGCAUGGCUGAGCUAUGAGUCACUUUCCUUUGUGCACAUGAUUGUAUUGCAUGUGAAGCAUGUUGUAGCUAAUGCAAAUCGAUAUUUUAGGACUCAAAUCUCUGAAAAUGUGUUUUUGAUCAUGUCCUGCUCAUGCUGUAAAGCCUCACGAGGCCUUGUAGAGUUCUAUGAAGAAGAACUUCAGGUUUUAUGUGAACUCUUUGCAAAAACAUACAGUUUAUUUUGUUAACCUCCGAAAAGCAAUUUGCACUGGGAUGUUACAUGCCUUAAUACUGCCCAAGUAAACUAGGGAAAAAAUAUGCUAGGUAACUGUAAAAAAAUUUGCCAGGUUUCGAUUGUGUGCACGCUUCAUCUUAUAAUUACAUGUGUUAUGUUUAUUUCCUCUGCUUAUAAGGUGAUUGAUGGUGAAACAGUUAUAUCUUGAAAUUGAAUGCUGCGGAACCAUUCAAAGUAAAUAGAAGUUUUUAAACCAUAACACAAUAGGAGCUAACAGCGACUUGUCGGACUUUUUUACCAAGUUUUCUUUUCAGAAAAAACAGACUUUUUUCAAUUGCUUUCUUCUGUCAAUUUUUUCCAUGCAGUUUUUCACUCUGAAAAGUGUAGUGUAAAGUUUCACCUAAAUUCAUCCAGAACAAAGGAAAACUUGUUUAAGAAAGGUUUACUAUCAACUCAUGUUAUAAAUAUAUAAUUGCUUGAACGCUUAGUAACUUCAGGAAUUACGCUGUAAAAUGCAUGAGUGGCUUGCUUGGCUAGGUAGUUGAAAGCAAAAUAAAAGCUCUAUGACCCAGAUGAGUAAAGACUAUUUAACAACAUUGAUCCUACCAAACCUUCCAUUAUCAUGACACUGCAGCUGCUUUUCGAAAUAGCACUCUUUGGUAUAUCCCACUUCUUUCAGAUUUAUAACUUGCACUAGAGGCUGCAUUUUGUAAUAAUUCUGAUUUCCCUCAUUCCUUUCACCUUUUAUCAUUUGCUUGUGUGCCGCUAUGUGGCCACUGAGCAUUAAAUGACAAUAAUAGAAUUGAGGCAAAUAAAACCAUUACACGUUAUGUUCCCAGUUUUCUCAGUAUUUUAUUGCUUGAUUUCUAAUUUCGCACUUUUCACCUUUGAAAGCAUUCACUUCUCAGAAGAGUUUAGAACAAGACAGCAUCACUUCUGCACUACAGUGAAACCUGAGCAUGUGAAUAAGUAAAGGUCACGGUGGAAUGAUGAAGCCAAGUUGGUAAUUUGCCUGGAUGACCUUCAUCCAAGCAAUUUAUGUAUAAGCUGCUAGCAUGAGUGUGGAUUUUGUUUGGAAGUCAGUGAUUGUUCGGGAUAUUUGUAGAUCUACUGUGAAGAUUACAAAACCUACAUUUGUCUCCUUUGCAGCUAUGCCUUUGCUUCCACUUUAACCAUACAAGUAGGAAUCCUGCAGCUCAAGAACGGCUUUUCUUUUCUUUUUUCUUUUGCAACCACAUAGAGGUACUGAUACAUGUUACAUUAGUCUGUCAUCAACAAUGCUAUUUUUGUACUCUUUCUAUACUGACUGGUUCUGUAAAGUUGACUAUACUGAAACUGCUUCAGCUGUUAGGAGAGCUGUGCAGCUAAUGAUUUCUCAUGUAGUGUGACAUGAUCAUUUGCAUGAAGGUGCAUAGCUGUGAUCUUGUAAAGAUGCUUUGCUAUUUGCAAACAGUAGAAUGUAUACGGAAUUUAUACUGUAUGUGUAGGUAGCCUCUGUUCGAAGUGUCGAUUUGUUAGUCCUGUUCAUUAUUUUCAAUGUUGGAAGUACGCAAGUAAGGGUACAUUAUUUUUGUUGCAAAUUUUGUGCAUUUCAGUUUCUGUUCAUUGCUUUUUUGUAAAUGUGUGAAGGUUUAAUAAAUUUUUAAUAUGAGA